AUUUGACGUAAUGCCGUACAUCCAAUAGGAGAGGACGUUUAUAUCACGUGACGCGAGGUCAACGGCUCCUGUAAACAAACUUAGCUGGAAGACAGCGCGGCGCCAUGUUGCUGUUGCUGCCGCGUGCAGUGACGUCUGUCUGCAGCAGGGAGGGGGGCCGGCGACACUUCUGGGGGUGGCUGAACGCCGUUUUUAACAAGGUGGACCACGACAGGAUCAAGGCGGUCGGUCCGGAUCGAGCUGCAGCAGAGUGGUUGCUCCGGUGCGGCGCCAAAGUCCGGUUCCGGGGUUUCGACCGCUGGCAUCUGGACUACAACGCCCUGCCGACAGGACCGCUGGACAGGUACCAGAUCCAGGGCAUCGACGCCACGGAGUCCUGCAUCAUGGUCCAAGGGUUCGACCACCUGGAGGGUCUGCGGCACGUGGAGGAGAUCAAACUCUGCAGGUGCGUCUACAUCCAGGACGCCUGUCUGGAGCGGCUGAGCGGCGUGGAGAACCUGCAGCAGAGUCUGCUCAGCAUGGAGGUGGUGUCGUGUGGAAACGUGACGGACAAGGGCGUGGUCGCCCUGCACCGGCUCAGGAAUCUGGAGUCUCUGUUUCUCAGCGAUCUUCCUGGAAUAAAAGACAAACAGUCGACCGUGGACAGACUGCAGAGGGCGCUGCCUCGCCUGGACGUCACUCUGGACCUGGACUGAUGCUCCACCGCCGCUCAGAAACCCAAAGCUGCUUCUUCUUUUUCUCCCGGACACAGAAGAAGCUUCAGACGUUUUGUUGGAUUCUUUGUACUUUAUUGAGAUGUUUCUACAUCAGAAAAUCCUGACAUCUUCAGUUUUCCUCCUAAAAUAAUUUGGCAUUUAUCCUAAAAUAAUCUGGAGGGCAGACGAGGGACUUGAACCCUCAAAUGUUGAACUUUUGUGACCGGAUCACUGCUGUGAAUAAAUCUGUAGAGUUUGGAUCUAUGUGA